AUGUCCAGAGCACAGAAGACAGCCACUGAGAGAUACCAGAAGAUCUCUCAACUGGAACAUAUCUUGAAAAGACCAGAUACUUAUAUUGGUUCUGUUGAGUUUCAUGAACAAGAACAAUGGAUUUUUGAUGAGGCUACCGAAUGCCUAAUGGAAAAGCAUGUUAAAAUUGUCCCAGGUCUAUUCAAGAUCUUUGAUGAAAUUUUGGUUAAUGCUGCCGAUAACAAAGUCCGUGACCCAUCGAUGAAGAAGAUUGAAGUCACAAUCACAGCCGAAGAGAACUUAAUUGAGGUUAAGAAUGAUGGUAAAAGUAUUCCUAUUGAAAUCCACCAAAAGGAGAAAAUAUAUAUCCCUGAAUUAAUUUUUGGUCAUCUGUUAACUUCUUCAAAUUAUGAUGAUGAAGAGAAGAAAGUGACAGGUGGUAGAAAUGGUUACGGUGCUAAGUUAUGUAAUAUCUUCUCUAAAGAAUUCAUAUUGGAGACAGCUGACCCAAAAAAGGGUAAAAAAUAUGUUCAAAAAUGGGAAAAUAAUAUGAACGUUUGUAAUCCACCUACUAUAACGUCUUACAAGAAAGGGCCAUCUUAUACAAAAGUCUCAUUCAAGCCUGAUUUAUCAAGAUUCAACAUGGAAGUCUUAGACAACGACAUCCUAGGUGUUAUGCGUCGUCGUGUUUAUGAUAUUAAUGGGUCUGUGAGAGAUAUAAGUGUCUAUUUAAAUGGGAAAUCUUUGAAAAUUAGAAACUUUAAGAAUUAUGUUGAAUUGUAUUUGAAGUCUUUGGAGAAAAUGAAGCAAAUAAAUAAUAAUCAAGACGCUUCUAAACAAGAUACCCCCACAAUUCUUUACGAAAGAAUAAGUGAUCGUUGGGAAGUGGCAUUCGCAGUUUCCGACAUUUCUUUCCAACAGAUUUCAUUUGUUAAUUCUAUUGCUACAACAUCUGGUGGUACACAUGUUAAUUAUGUGACUGAUCAAAUUGUUAAAAAAGUUGGUGAUUAUUUUAAGAAAAAGAAAAAGAGAAUAAAGCCAUUUCAAAUUAAGAAUAAUAUAUUCAUCUUCGUCAAUUGUUUAAUUGAAAAUCCUGCUUUCACUUCUCAGACGAAAGAACAACUAACUACCCGUGUGAAAGAUUUUGGUUCUCGUUGUGAAAUAUCCAAUGACUAUAUUAAUAAGAUAUUAAAGACAGACUUGGCUACUAGAAUUUUUGACGCUGCUGAUGAGAACGAUGCUAAAGCCUUAAAACAAUCCGAUGGUUCAAGAAAGAGUAGAAUCACUGAGUAUCCGAAAUUAGAAGAUGCCAAUAAAGCAGGAACUAAGGACGGUUAUAAAUGCACGCUGAUUUUGACAGAGGGUGACUCUGCCUUGUCGCUGGCUGUUCUUGGUUUGGCAGUUGUUGGUAGAGACCAUUAUGGUUGUUAUCCUUUACGUGGUAAAAUGUUAAAUGUUAGAGAAGCAAGUGCUGAUCAAAUUCUGAAAAAUGCAGAAAUUCAAGCAAUUAAAAAAAUUAUGGGUCUACAACAUAGAAAAAAAUAUGAAGACACUAAAUCCUUAAGGUAUGGUCACUUAAUGAUCAUGACAGAUCAAGAUCACGAUGGUUCACACAUUAAAGGUUUAAUUAUCAACUUCAUAGAAUCGUCGUUCCCCGGUUUACUAGAUAUUCCUGGUUUCUUGGUAGAAUUUAUAACACCUAUCGUCAAAGUAACAAUUACAAAGCCUAAGAAACAGUCUAUUGCCUUUUAUAAUAUGCCUGAUUAUGAAAAAUGGAGAGAAGAAGAGAGUUACAAAUAUUCUUGGAAACAGAAGUAUUACAAGGGUUUAGGUACUUCCCAAGGUAGUGAAGUUCGUGAGUAUUUUGCUGAUCUAGACAAGCAUUUGAAAACUUUCCAUGCUCUAGAAGGUAAUGAUAAGGACCUUAUUGAUUUGGCCUUCUCUAAGAAGAAAGCAGAUGAUCGUAAGGAAUGGUUAAGACAAUAUGAGCCAGGUACUGUAUUGGAUCCUAAUUUGACUGAAAUUCCUAUCAGUGAUUUCAUUAACAAGGAAUUAAUUCUUUUCUCCUUGGCAGAUAAUGUCAGAUCCAUUCCAAAUAUUCUUGAUGGUCUAAAACCUGGUCAAAGAAAAGUUAUGUUUGGUUCGUUCAAACGUAAUCUACGUUCUGAAAUCAAAGUUUCGCAACUUGCCCCAUAUGUUAGUGAAGCAACAUCAUACCAUCAUGGUGAACAAUCGUUGGAACAAACUAUCAUCGGUUUAGCUCAAAGUUUUGUCGGUACAAAUAACAUUUAUCUACUAAUGCCAAAUGGUGCGUUCGGUACGAGAGCUACUGGUGGUAAAGAUGCUGCUGCAUCAAGAUAUAUCUACACAGAGUUAAACAAAUUGACAAGGAAGAUUUUCCAUCCAGCAGAUGAUCCUUUGUUUAAUUAUUUACAAGAUGAUGAGAAAACUGUUGAACCAGAAUGGUACUUACCAAUUAUACCAAUGGUACUUGUGAAUGGUGCAGAAGGUAUCGGGACUGGUUGGAGUACAAAUAUUCCCUCUUUCAAUCCGGAAGAUAUUGUCAGAAAUAUUAGAUAUUUGAUGGACGAUCAAGAACUUGAACCCUUGCACCCUUGGUUUAGAGGUUGGACUGGUACAGUCGAAAUGGUUGAAAGACAACGUUAUAGAAUGUACGGUAGGAUUGAACAGGUUGGACCUAACAAACUUGAGAUUACAGAACUACCAGCAAAGACAUGGACAUCCACUAUUAAAGAAUACCUAUUACUUGGUAUAAGUGGGAAUGAAAGGACUAAAUCUUGGAUUAAAGAUAUGGAAGAACAACACAGUCAUGACAUCAAAUUCAUCAUCACUCUUACUGACGAAGAAAUGAAAAAGACAAAGAAAAUCGGUUUCUAUGAAAGAUUUAAAUUAAUAUCUCCUAUUAGCAUGCUGAACAUGGUCGGGUUCAACGCACAUGGCAAAAUCAAUAGAUAUAAUGAUCCAAAUGAAAUCUUAACUGAGUUUUAUUAUGUUAGAUUAGAAUAUUAUCAAAAGAGAAAAGAUUAUUUAACUGAGAUUUUGCAAUGGGAAUUGGAGAAAUUGUCCUACCAAGUGAAGUUCAUUAAAAUGAUUGUCGAUAAACAAUUGACUGUUACUAACAAACCUCGUAAACAAAUCAUCGAAGAGUUUGAAAAUCUAGGUUUCCCAAGAUUUAAUAAAAAGGGUAAACCAUAUUACGGUAAGAUAGAUUCAAUUGAGAAGACAGAAGAUGAAGAUGCUGAAGAAAACGGCGAAUCAAACAACAAUAAUCUUGAAGAAGGAAAUGAAACUGUAAAUGGUCCUGAAGAAACAUACGGUACUUUCGAAUACUUACUAGGUAUGAGAAUUUGGUCGCUGACAAAGGAAAGAUAUGAUAAAUUAAUGAAACAACAGCAGGAAAAACAAACCGAACUUGAAAGCUUAUUAAAACUAUCUGCCAAGGAUAUCUGGAAUAAUGAUCUGGAUGAAUUUAUGAAAUCAUACCACGACUUCAUUAACUUAGAUCAAGAGAUGAGAGAAGGUGAAGCCGAAGGUAAGAAGUUAAAGACCUCUGCUAAGCGUAAAAGAGGAAGAAAUGACGAUGACUAUGACCCAAGUAAAAAGAAGCCUAAAAGAAGAAUAACCAAGAAAAUAAAAGAGGAAGCAAAUUUCAAGAGAGUUUUGCUUGAACCUAAGGUUGUUGUAAAACCUAAACGUGUUGCCAGGAUAAAGAAGGAAACUACUACAGAGGAGGUGAACCAAACUCAAUCUCCAACCCCAUUUACUCCAAGCCAAAGCACUGCUGAUUCGAUUACAGAAACCAGCAAACCUACAACCAUUUUUGACAAUGUUGUAAAGAAAGAAGAACCUGCAACAGGCAUUAGCGCAUUCACUAGUAAAUUUAAGAAGAUAACCGAUGUCUUUGAUAAGAUGGAUUCCAAGGACAGUGAAGACACUGUCGACAUAACAUCAAAGGAUGGUGAGGAUUCCACCGGAACAUCGUCAAAGGAUGAGCUAGCUACACUUGUGGAAACAAGCCAAAAACCUCUCGAUAAGAAAGCAGCUCCAAAGAGAAAUAAGAAGGCUGUAGAAUUAUUAGAUGAAAGUGAUUUGGAAAUAUUAAGUGAUGCACAAGAUGACGCCGAGGAUGAUGAAGAGAUACAGCCACGUAAAAGAAAUAGCAGAGCUAGAACCCCUAAACAAUCAUACGUUGAAGAAGCAAUCGAGUUAUCAGAUGAUAGUUUCAUCGAUGAUGAUGACGAAAAUGAAGAGGCAGCUGACGAUUCUGAUGCAUCAUUUGGAUCUGAUGAGUAA